GACAACCCCAUUCUGUCGUCUUAUAAAUUGUCUUCAUUUGUUCCAAUGCCGUACCCGGCAGAAAUACUAAAUCUGUUCUGCGACUUAAUCUCUUUUUUCUAUUUUAUAAUAUGAUUUUAUAAGAAUAAUUUUUAUACCAAAUUGACAAGGUACCAAAGAAUCUUUCUAUCAUGAACAAAAGGAAAGUUUCUGUGGAGAGAAAUAGUGCUGCCAAAGAAGCUACUCGACGACCUAGCAUAUCUAGUAUUCAGACACGAGUCACAACGAUUCCACACAUGAAACGUUCUCGAUCAGGAAAAUCACCUUCGCCGGAGGCAAAUUCAAUUCGACGCACAAUGGCAAAAUUAUCAAAAACGAUGCUUGCAACUGGAGACAACGGGAUUGCUCCUACGAAAACAAUGUUUAAUUCUCAGGAUAAAUCCAAAGAAUUACAUUCAAAUUCGUCGCCACGAUUGAAAAGCUUCCCAGCUGAAAAAAUUCGCAAGUUCAACAAUACAGCAUUGUUUAACGAUAAAUCAAUAAGGGGUAUGGUCAAUCAACAAAAUUCUGAACGUUCGGCCGUAUCAUACGUAGCAGAUUCUUCGGGUCAUAAUUACGAGUACGGCGAUCACGUUAAUGGGAUGCAUAGUGGACAUCAACAUCAGUCACAAGCGUCGGAAAAUACGUACCAACAACAAAUUUCUACGAACUAUUCGAUGCAUCAAUCAAUUCCACAAUCAAACGGUGCUUCAACUUAUCGAGUACAUGAUCCAGAUAAACAUCGGCCAAACGUACCGCAUGGAAAUCAAUCGCACGUAACCACCGUGGCUGCACCUACCUCGUUGGCUUAUGUUCGCAAUAAUCAAACACCUGUAGCUCGAUCGUCUACACCAGCGACACAAUUACAACAUCAACAGUCGCAAAAAAAUUCUAACGAAAUUACGAACAUACAGAAAGAAAACAAUUGGGUAACCGAUGAACUUCCUCAAGUUGUUGAUCUAGAGAAACAACCUGUUGGUGGGCGAAAUUUGAUGUUACAUAGACGAGCAGUGAUGCAAGAGAGACAACAGCAACAACAGCAACAACAGCAACAACAACAGAUGCAAACGCAAUCCCAUCCAACAAUGUAUUCUAACGUGACGAAUCAACAGAUCGAUCGUCCUAUGUCGGUACCACCUUUUUACAAUUUCCAAUCCUUUCAAGCAAAUUCCGCGCCUGUCUUAACGCAUGAACAUCCUCAGCAAGUUUAUCAACAGCUUCAAAACAAUAUGACUCAUCAACAACAAAUGCAGCAACGAGCGUGUAAUCAGCAAUUUCAAAUGAUGUUAGGACAGCAAGCCCAACAUCUAACACAUACUAAUCAAGGUUAUUACAAUUAUCUUCCUCAACAGUUGUCGGAAAGAACGUCGUUUCCUUAUGGGAUGACUUCGCCUCAAGAUGCAAGCGUAAAUCAAACGAAAAAUGCUGUAAACAAUAUGGUAUCGAUGCAACAAGGACAACAAUUAAGUAAUCAGCAAACUGAAGUAGUACCGAAUAAUAAAGCGUCAGUCGAUAAUCCAAAUAUAAAAUCUCAAAUCAGGCCAUACACCAUCAAUCUAGUUGACAAUACCAAUUCGCAAAACGUUAUGCACGGUCAUCAUUAUAAUCAAAAUCUUGGUCAAGUAUCUCAAAUGUAUCGACCGACGAUUUCAGGGCAACAAUUUUCAAAUCAUUUCCAACAGAAUACGAUGCCUCCAAAUCAAAUCCCUCAGCAAGUAGUCACAACUGAAAAACCUACAAAUCCUGGGAAAAAGAAUUUGAAAUUUACACCGAAAAUGAUUCGAGAUCAGGAGCUCUUGGUAGCGACUAUGAAACAACAAGGUAUAUCCGAAGAAUUAAUGCGAAGACAGUUUCAUAAUUUACUAAAGGAACAACGAAGACAACUCGAAUAUCUUCAACAAUUUCAACAAGAGGAUGAUUUUCCUGAUAAAAAGAAGCAAGAGAUACGUAAGAAGAUACAAAUGGAUGAGAAACCUGAAUGGAUGGCUCAUAUAACUCCACCACAUAUUCCUUACAGUGACUUAGAAAAAUUAAACGCCAAAAUUCGAGAAGAAAACUUAAUUUCAUCACAACAGCAAUUUAACGAAAAUCAGCCAAUGGAUUUCAAUAAACUCCAACAAAAUGGAAAUAAACAAGAAAUGGUGCCAUCGUUACCACAAGUUCAUAAUCAGUCUCAACAAAAUGCGUAUCAACUCUGGCAACAGCCAAAUUUUAAUUGGAAACAACAAAUGGGAGUUCCAACGGGAACGGCAAUACCACAAUACACAUACGGAUCAUCGGAGCCUUACCAUCACGUAAAACCAAUAUCAGCUUCACCUCAAUAUCAACAACAGCAAAAACAUCAACAAUAUCAACAACAUCAACAAUAUCAACAACAGCAACAAUAUCAACAACAGCAACAGCAACAGCAACAACAAUAUCAACAAUAUCAACAACAUGUCAAUAAUCCGAUGCUAUCGCAAUAUCCUACUCAUUGGCAACAGUCACAACAAAUUCAGCAACCAUAUCAACAACAAUAUUACCAAACACCAGAACAAGCUUCGUGGCAAAAUAAUCAAUCACGAAACGAAGAGGAAUCCCAUCUUUUCAAGAAAGCUAUUAGCCUGAACGAUUUAAAUAUGAAAAAUACCGAACCAUCGAGUUUAUUAAAACUAAGAUUAUACAAAGAAGUGAUCCGUCCUCAGAAACGUAAUAACGGCUUGCAAAAUCCAGAUACGAUCCAGAAAGCUUUUGAGAUAUUAAAUAAUCCAGAAAGUCAGAAGGGUCUUGAGUAUCUCGCAAAUCUUAACAGAAAGAAUCUACAAACUAAACUGAACGGUAUGCAAGAUCCGAACGAAGAGACACCAAAUCUAAUAUCAAAACCACCUUUUGAUAAUAAUAAUAAUUUGAUGCCGCAAAAAGCUGUCUCGGCAAACGGUCUAGAAAAUAAAAGAAACCCUAAUAAUCCACUUCCCCAACCGUUAACAUAUUUAAAACGAUCUGAAACUGGAACGGCUGUGAAUGAAUAUCCAAAACAGAAACAGUACAAUCCACGAAAUCGUUACAGUUUAAUGGCUGAAAGAGAAGAUGGGACGGUAGCUCCAAACAUACAAUAUCAGCUGCCUCAUAAUCCAAGUCAACAGUUAAAUCGCCAGCAACAACAAAAUUAUCAGAAAAUAAUUCCUUACAAUGAAAAAAAUCCAUUAUCGGCAUUGAACAAACAAAUAUCUUACAAGUUCGAUGAUACCGAUAAUCCGGGAUAUCAUCAGCAGAUGCAACAUCUCUAUCAGAAUAAACAAAAUAUGAUUAGUAACAACGGACAGGGCGAUGUACCUACGUUACAUAAACCAAAUACAACCAAUAUCGCAUAUCUCGAUUCUCCUGGAGGCGACACAGCAGAUUUAUCGUAUUCCAGAGAGAACGGACAGAUACAGAAUAAGAUGGCAGCAUUUUGCCCAUCCCAAAGAUUGAAUGGAACCUACAAUUCGCCAGAUAUUCGGGAAGCCAAAACUAUUGGGGGUGUCACGUACCUUGCCAGGAAACCAGACUAUAUACCAAACCAACCAAUGAUACCUGAAAACACUUUAACUGCUAAUAAAUAUAUAAAACCAGCCGUGAUGUACCACUAAAUGAAAGGAUUAUUAUUUGUUUUAUUUUUU